GCCGCGCCCCCUGCACCCCUCGCGCCUAGGAGCAGAGGAGCCUCGGAGUCCCAGUGUCCCGCGAAUAGCGUAGAGCCGGCGGGCCCGACGAACAAAGCGACGGUGGAGCGAGUAGCUCAGGCGCCGGACGCAGGGAGCGAGCGACCCGCUGCGCCUUUGUCUCGGGUGGGGCAGGAGCGGCGGCCGGAGCGGGGCGCCCCGAGCGCAGAAUGCGGCGCCCAGAGGGGCGGAUCGAGGAGCGCUGCGGCGGCAGGAGGCGUGGAGCCCGGGCCGGAGCCCGAGCGGACUUGUGUGUGUGAAAGGGGGACCCGGCACGCUGCCCCGCGAGCGCCUGGUGGCCGCACGUGGGCGGGAGCGGCGGCCCGCUAGUAGCCGGAGGAGGAGGAAGAGGAGGGCCGUGCGGCCGCGCAGCGGGGACCCGGGGCCGCCUGCGCGAAGCCCCGCCCCGGCGGCCGAGCCCCGCGCGGGCGGGCGGGAUGCCCCACGGUCACCGCACUUUGGCCGGAGCGCUGCCCUGAGCCAACUGGCCCAGGGGCCGCGGCGGCGAGCGCACGGGCGCCGCGGGCGCCAUGGAGCAGUGGCGGCAAUGCGGCCGCUGGCUCAUCGACUGCAAGGUCCUGCCGCCCAACCACCGCGUCGUGUGGCCCUCGGCGGUGGUCUUCGACCUGGCGCAGGCGCUGCGCGACGGCGUCCUUCUGUGCCAGCUGCUGCACAACCUCUCCCCCGGCUCCAUCGACCUUAAGGACAUCAACUUCCGGCCGCAGAUGUCCCAGUUCCUGUGUCUGAAGAAUAUUCGCACCUUCCUUAAAGUCUGCCAUGAUAAAUUUGGACUAAGGAACAGUGAGCUGUUUGACCCUUUCGACCUCUUUGAUGUCCGAGACUUCGGGAAGGUCAUCUCUGCAGUGUCCCGUCUGUCCCUGCACAGCAUUGCUCAGAGCAAAGGGAUCAGGCCUUUUCCGUCAGAGGAGACAGCUGAAAACGAUGAUGAUGUCUACCGGAGCCUGGAAGAGCUGGCUGACGAGCAUGACCUGGGCGAGGACAUCUACGACUGUGUCCCGUGUGAAGAUGAAGGAGAUGACAUUUAUGAGGACAUCAUCAAGGUGGAGGUGCAGCAGCCCAUGAAAAUAGGCAUGUCUGAGGAUGACAAGAGAAGCUGCUGCUUGCUAGAGAUUCAGGAGACUGAGGCCAAGUACUACCGCACCCUGGAGGACAUUGAAAAGAACUACAUGGGUCCCUUGCGGCUGGUGCUGAGCCCGGCGGACAUGUCUGCUGUCUUCAUCAACCUGGAGGACCUCAUCAAGGUGCAUCAUAGCUUUCUGCGAGCCAUCGAUGUGUCCAUGAUGGCUGGUGGCAGUACCCUGGCCAAGGUCUUCCUGGAGUUUAAGGAAAGGCUCCUGAUCUACGGAGAGUACUGCAGCCACAUGGAGCACGCUCAGAGCACACUGAACCAGCUCCUCGCCAGCCGAGAGGACUUCAGACAGAAAGUGGAGGAGUGCACACUCAAGGUCCAGGAUGGCAAGUUCAAACUGCAAGAUCUGCUGGUGGUCCCCAUGCAACGGGUGCUUAAGUACCACCUGCUGCUCAAGGAGCUCCUGAGCCAUUCUGCAGACCGGCCAGAAAGACAACAGCUCAAGGAAGCACUGGAAGCCAUGCAGGACUUGGCCAUGUACAUCAAUGAAGUGAAACGGGACAAGGAGACCUUGAAGAAGAUUAGCGAGUUCCAGUGCUCCAUAGAAAACCUGCAAGUGAAGCUAGAGGAGUUUGGGAGGCCGAAGAUCGAUGGGGAGCUAAAAGUCCGGUCCAUAGUCAACCACACCAAACAAGACAGGUACCUGUUCCUGUUUGACAAGGUGGUCAUCGUGUGUAAGCGGAAAGGCUACAGCUAUGAGCUGAAGGAGGUCAUUGAGCUGCUCUUCCACAAGAUGACUGAUGACCCCAUGCACAACAAGGACAUCAAGAAGUGGUCCUAUGGCUUCUACCUGAUUCACCUCCAAGGAAAGCAAGGCUUUCAGUUCUUCUGCAAGACGGAAGACAUGAAACGGAAGUGGAUGGAGCAGUUCGAGAUGGCCAUGUCGAACAUCAAGCCAGACAAGGCCAAUGCCAACCACCACAGCUUCCAGAUGUACACGUUUGACAAGACUACCAACUGCAAAGCCUGCAAGAUGUUCCUCAGGGGUACCUUCUACCAGGGAUACCUGUGUACCAGAUGUGGCGUUGGGGCACACAAGGAGUGCCUGGAGGUGAUACCCCCCUGCAAGAUGAGUUCGCCUGCAGACGCGGAUGCUCCUGGAGCAGGACCAGGUCCCAAGAUGGUCGCUGUGCAGAAUUACCAUGGUAACCCAGCCCCCCCUGGGAAGCCUGUGUUGACCUUCCAGACAGGAGACGUGAUAGAGCUGCUCCGGGGUGACCCCGAUUCUCCUUGGUGGGAGGGGCGGCUGGUUCAAACCCGGAAGUCAGGGUAUUUUCCCAGCUCAUUUGUGAAGCCCUGCCCAGUGGAUGGAAGGCCUCCUACUGGCCGCCCACCUUCCCGGGAGAUUGAUUAUACUGCCUACCCCUGGUUUGCUGGUAACAUGGAACGACAGCAGACGGACAACCUGCUCAAGUCUCAUGCCAGUGGGACCUACCUCAUCAGAGAGCGCCCAGCAGAGGCAGAACGCUUCGCCAUCAGCAUCAAGUUCAAUGAUGAGGUGAAACACAUCAAGGUGGUGGAGAAAGACAGCUGGAUCCAUAUCACGGAAGCUAAGAAGUUUGAGAGCCUCCUGGAGCUGGUGGAGUACUACCAGAGCCACUCACUCAAGGAAAGCUUCAAGCAGUUGGACACUACACUCAAGUUCCCCUACAAGUCUCGGGAGCGCACCACCACCAGGGCGUCAAGCCGGUCUCCAGUGUUCACGCCGCGGGUCAUCGGCACAGCUGUGGCCAGAUACAACUUUGCUGCACGAGACAUGCGGGAGCUGUCGCUGCGGGAAGGUGAUGUGGUGAAGAUCUACAGCAGAAUCGGUGGGGACCAGGGCUGGUGGAAAGGCGAGACGAAUGGGCGGAUUGGUUGGUUUCCUUCGACGUACGUGGAAGAAGAAGGCGUCCAGUGAGAGUGAGACCUGGACAGGACCCAUGGAUGUUCUUGGGAGUCUCCCCAGCUCUGAAGUCUGCCUCUGGCUUCUCCAUAGCUCUGGGAACUGCCUGCUAAGCCUGCAGCUGUUAUGGCCCAUAGGGAUGGUGAGGGUGCUCCGCCGUCACCUGUCCUAGGUGGCCUGCCCCUGGGUACAUUCCUUGUACAUAGAGGAGAUCUGUGCUGGCCACACCCAGAGCACCAAGGAGAGGGAGCUCAGGCUAUCCAAGCAUGUGUGGGUGACAGCAAAGGUCAGAAGCCACGCCUGCCUCUCUGGCUUAGACGGUUGUUCAGGGCCUAGAACUCAACUCAUGGUGUGCCAGGGAGGGUUGGGGACGGCAGGGGUCCCUUCCCAGCCCAUCUGCUGCCCCACACUGAUCUGCCUGUCUUUUCUGCUGCUCUCUAGAGUAUGUGUCAGGUCUUGGGAGGCAGGCAGGGCCAGAGCCGAGCUGUGCUGUGGCCCACACUAGGCCCAACUGGGAGAGAGGGCUUGCACAGGGCCACUGGAUCAUGCUGGCUCUGAAGCUCCUCCCACUCCUCCCUUCCUAACACACCAGGGUCCUGCUGAGUGCUACCUGGGCAGGCCCCUCUCUCAGAGGGGCCUUUGGAACGAUGACAUUGCUGACCCACCCCCGGCCCACCCAGUCAGUGGUACUGCUCUUUGCUGGUUGAAGCCCCUUUCCUGAGCCAGGAAACAGGUCUUCUCUGCCCUGCUGCCAGGGGACACAUCUCUGAACCCUAAAGGGCAGGGUAGAAAACCAAGUUCCCCUCCCUGGUGCCUCUUUUCUCUCCAGGAGGCACUUUUGGGUCUUAUGCAUUCCAAACCACAGCCACUAGGUGUCUGCUGGCCUUCACACUAGAUGACAGGUCUCCCCGAAGGAUCCCCGCAGCCCACACACUGGGCCGAUGGCCAGCGAGAAAUAAGUGCUCUUGGGUGUCUCUGCGCUUCACUUCCUCUUCCUGGUGCUUCCUGGCCUCUGACCUCUGGCUUGCUUAGCCAGCCCCUAGUUUCUUCCCAAGGAGUUCUGAGUGUAAGCUUAUGUGAAAGACACACAUAGACUCUUGGGGCCCUUUCUCCCCUAGUCUAGCUGCUCACUCCCGGGUAGGUAGAGAGCCUAGGGAAGCUGUCCCCACUGGAGUGGGACCUUGCACCUGGGGACACUUUCCAGAGUUGGCCUCAUGUCCUCCAGCCUAGUGUCCACAUGCAACCUGCUGGGGUGUUUGGGGAGACAGGGAGGAUCAGGAGGAGAUGGGGAGCAACAAGAGACACCCCGGAAAGCUCCAGCUGUGAGAAGCUGGGAGCAAAGGGUUUGCCUUGGAGAGUCAGACACAGGCCACUUUGCCAAGCCUGCCAGUGAAGUGCAGGCCCUGGGGAGGGCUCUGUCCAUGGAGGGCGCCUCUGUGGGAACUGUACGGACGCCCUUCCAACACCCUGUGCUUGCAGUUUUGGUUUGUUUGUUUGUUUGUUUGUUUUUCUGUUGUUGUUAGCUUUUUUUUUGUCCUGUUACAUUUUGUUUUGCCUGUCCGUAUUUUAGAAGGGGGAAAAGUUGUAAUUAUUUCAUCUAAAUCUCCCAUUAUAUAUCUGUGAAUAAGAGAUUCUAUAAUAGCAAAAGGAUGUAUAUUUUAGCUUGUCAUGAUAUGUCAUGAUAACGAAGGACACUGAGAAAGAGAAUACUCUAGAGACCCGUUCUUGUGAAUGUUUUAUGUUUGUUUUGACAUGUGUGUUUGGUUUGGGUUUUAUUGUUUUUGAGCUGCACUGGGCAGGGUGCUGGGCAGGCCAGUGCGUGGGCGCCUCUGCAGGAGACUGGACACCGUCUAAGGACUGGGGGCCUGAGAUCAGCUGUGAACAUUUGCAGCACAGUGCAUGCAAGUCAGGGAUGUGGGGGUCCCACAGCCAGCAGCACCCCCUAUGGAACAACUGUACAUUUGCCAAUGGGUUUUCCCCACAAGACUACGGUUUUUACUACAAAUAAACCUACGUUCUAUUCUGCA